GUACACGAUAUGAGGUAUUAGACAUGUAUUGAGGAGGAGACUUCCGGGAUUUGUUUUCAGAACUUUUUUCGUAUUUGUUGGGUUUUCUCUGGGAUUUAAGAAGGAUAUUCAGUCACAAUGGGGAAGGAGAAUGACUUGCUUGAAGCUGCAAGAACUGGCAAUGUUGUCACGAUCGGAAAAUUAUUAUCAGGAGGACGUGGCAGGAGUGUUAUUACUGCAGCGCUAAGUUUCCGGAGAGCUCUAGGUCCCAACUGUCAGGAUUCGUCUGGCUACACUCCUCUUCACCAUGCCGUACUUAAUGGCCACAGGGAUGCAGUCCAAAUGCUGCUCAAGUUUGAUGCUUCACCGACAGUGCCUGACAACAGAGGGAGCAAUCCCCUUCAUCUUGCGGCAUGGACCGGUAACGUCGAGAUCGUUCAAACUCUUCUCACUGUCGGCGUCAGUAAGGACCAAGUCAAUGAACAGAAUAAUUAUUGGGACACGCCUCUUCAUUUUGCUGCCCAGUAUGGUCACACUGAUGUGGUUUCUAUUUUGUUAGAGAAUGGGGCUGAUCCUACAUUAUGCAAUCGUAAGGAAGAGGGUCCCUUAGAUCUAGCUGCCCAGUAUGGCCGCCAGGACACCGUCCAGUUACUGGUCAGACUCAGGCCGGACCUUCUUGCCAAGAUUCCCGACUCCCGGUCAUUGCUUCACCUUGCAGCUAAGAAUGGUCAUCAUCGGAUCGUCAAGCUUUUACUGGACGCUGGUUGUGACAUAAAUAAAACGACUAAAACAGGUACUGCCCUUCAUGAAGCAGCGGUGUUUGGGAAGAUCGAUGUCGUCAGGGUACUCCUAGAGGCCAGACCGUCAAUCGACGUCGAGAUUGAGGAUGGGCACAGUGAAACGGCACUACAGAAGAUCGAAUCACAUUCGUCUAAAGUCUCUCAAGAAAUCUCGAAGAUGAUUAUGGCUCACAUACGAGGGGAGCCCUUACCAAAGCCAAUAGAAUCUUCCCCAUCAACACCCAUGACAGACAGCUCGGACUCUGAUCCUAACAGCCCCCUUGCCUACAGCUACGUAACAAACUCCGCAUCAAAUCCAUCCAUCCGUCCCAACCCUGGCCUCGUCGCGCCCGGCUUCGAGGUCAUCGACCAUGCCAACAUCUACGACAACGUCCCCGAGGAUCGGUCGGCGCUGUACGCCCGUCACUACCAGACGCACGCGGAGCUUCGGAGCUCGUCGCCGGAGGGCGUCCUGAGGCGAGGCGCGUCCAAACUGCAGCGGUCAUCUCCGCGCCGGUCAUCACCUCCAGACCAGGAUCUGUACAUGAAUGUGACUCAGAUCAAUCAGCAGCUCUCAAAGCUGAUGCCGCCGAAGAAACCUCAAAGGAACUCUAUCGGGAUCUUGUUGGAUCAGAACUCGAAUGGCAACAGCCCCCAGAUGGAGAGAAAACAGGAUCAGGAGAGAUCGGCCAGUCCCAUGCAUUUAGAUGUGAGGGGGCCUCAUUCAAGACAGUCUAACACCUUAUCAAGUCAAGAUUCGGACUGCCCUCCGCCGCUUCCCGACAGGAACUACUACGACCUUGAUCAAGCGGGGGAAUACACGCAGCUCAGACGGGAUGCCGUGCCCCCAAAGCAACAACAACAACAGACGCAACACCAUCCACACCCACCACAACAGCCACCACCGAAGCAACAACUCAUGAAAGAUCAAGAUUACAGUACUGUCACCCCUCUCCAAGACUAUGACAUCAUGAACGAAGGAGUAAGUAACACCUCAACUGAAGAAACCAGUGAUGACACUCAUGGGAGUCUCUAUGAGACGCUCUCCAACGCUCAGAGCGGGGUAGCCACGCCCGAGGUACCUUAUCCGCCAUACGAGAUGGGCUCGAAGCCACCCCACCCCCAGGUCCAACUUCACAUACAUGAGCCAGAUGAUAAUAAUGAUCUGGAUAGCACAGGUGAUGGUGGCGGUCAGCUUGAUGACGAAGAAGAUCUUGAUGCAUAUGAGUUCUUGUCCAAUGCAGUGACCGGUCAUGGUCAGCCGAAACCCAAACCAAGGAUAACCCCAACCAGUUCUUCCUCAUCUUCUGUGCCUUCUACCGAUAGUGCCUCCGUCUCACACAGCAAGCCUAAGCCGCUCCCCCGACGGAACAAACCGGUCCCUGCCAGACGUUCCCCCGGGUCGAUGAGCUCGCAGCCCAGCACGCCCUCUGAGGAACUGACCUCGUCGUCUGACCAUUGGGGAGGUGCCUCGUCUGACCGUCCAACCACCCCUGACCAACCCCCACCCUCACCAAACACCGCUAUGAUGGGUAUAAGAGCUAAACUUGGAGCAUCUGAGCCCAGCUCCGAUGCUCCGGCGGAAGGGAGUACGGACGGUUAAAGUAAGAUCUGAUCUUUUAUUUCGCUUCAUCUCACGGCGCUUGCUUUCUGACACCACACCUAACCUCUCACUCUGCAUCUUCCAUACCAAACCUCACAGGAUCUCAGAUGAUACUGUCCUUCCACUUCUUGCUGAUAUCAUUUCUUUAUUCUAUUCGCAUUUAACUAAUUGAUAUGAUAUUGGUUUAAAAAGAUACUAUUCACCUUUUGAAAAUUAUGUUACUGAUAACAGAUUAUAAUAAUUCAGAUAGGGACAUCGUACUCUAUACGUACCUUACCUUACGAGAUCUCAGGUGGAACUAUCCUUUCACCGCUUGUUGAUAUCAUUUUGCUAUUCUUUUGGCUUUUAACUACAAAUAUACAGUAUGAUGUGCUUGUUUUUAAUCAAAAGUUAUCAUGAAACUGUGAACUAGUAAUUCAUAAAAGAUCAUCGUUCAGGUGUAGUAUCUGUAUCAAACCUACACAGCAAAAAUUGUGAUGUUAACCGGUGUACAUAGAGGACUACACCGGUUAUUUU